GUAGCAUUUGUUCUGGUGGCUCAUAUUUACAUUUUAAGUGCAUCUGGUGGGUGGGCGCUAGGGGAAAAAAACCAACCCUUUUCUUUAACAGGAAACAAAACAAAAUUAAUUAAAGCUUUUGAAUUCUUUCUUUUUGUUGCACUCUUCCUCCAAACCAGGCAGAGCCAAAGAAAAAGGGACGCUGGAGGAAAAUCUAGAAGAGGAGAGCCGGGGAAAGCCCUAACCUGAAUCAAAAAUAAACCGGCGGAGCUACACGGGCGAAAAAUAAAAAUUAAAACCUGCUGGAAAGAGUUGGAGAACAUUAAAGUUUUUUUUUUCUUCUUCUUCUUGAUUUGGAGCAACUACAAACCCAACUCCCCGAACAGCCGGCAAGAUGCCCCGGAGGAAGGCGGCGGCGGGGCCCGGGUGGGAGGCCAGCUCCGGCAACGGGACGGCCCGCUCGGCCGGCAGGAAGCGGCCGGGCCCCGGGCCGAGGAAGCGGGGCCGGCCCGAGCGCGGCGCCGGCGGCGGCGAGGGCGGCAGCAGCGGCGGCGGCGGCGGCAGCAGCGAUGAGGACGGGCCCCGGGAGCUGCUGCUGGCGGCGGCCGAGCUGGACGGGGCCCCCGGCGGCAAGAGGGCGGCCAGGCCCGGGGCGGGCGGCGGCCGAGCGGGAGGCCAGGCCGUGGUCAUCAGCGAGCCCGAGCACAGCAAGGAGCGGAUCAAACUCGAAGGGUCCAAGUGCAAGGGGCAGCUUCUGAUAUUUGGAGCAACCAACUGGGACCUGAUUGGCCGUAAAGAAGUGCCGAAACAGCAAGUGGCUUACCGUAACCUGGGCCAGAACUUGUGGGGGCCUCACAGAUAUGGGUGUCUCUCAGGGAUUCAGGUACGGACUGUGGUUUCUGGACCAUGUGCAGCUCAUAGUCUGCUCAUCACCACAGAGGGGAAGCUCUGGAGCUGGGGUCGUAACGAGAAAGGGCAGCUAGGGCAUGGAGAUACCAAGCGUGUGGAGGCUCCAAAACUCAUUGAAGUUCUCAGCAACGAGGUGAUCGCAUCAGCAGCUUGUGGACGGAACCACACGCUCGCUCUGACAGAGAGUGGCUCUGUAUUUGCGUUUGGAGAGAACAAGAUGGGACAGCUAGGUCUUGGCAAUCAGACAGAUGCAGUUCCAAGUCCCACUCAGAUAAUGUACAAUGGCCAGCCUAUUACCAAAAUGGCCUGUGGGGCUGAAUUCAGCAUGAUCAUGGACUGCAAAGGAAACCUCUAUUCCUUUGGGUGCCCCGAGUAUGGACAGCUGGGACACAAUUCCGAUGGGAAGUUCAUCGCCCGUGCUCAGAGGAUAGAGUACGACUGUGAGCUGGUGCCCCGUCGCGUUGCCAUCUUCAUCGAAAAGACAAAAGAUGGGCAGAUCCUUCCUGUCCCUAACGUGGUCGUGCGAGAUGUGGCCUGCGGUGCUAACCACACGCUUGUUUUAGACUCCCAGAAGCGUGUGUUCUCCUGGGGCUUUGGUGGCUACGGCCGGCUGGGCCAUGCCGAGCAGAAGGACGAGAUGGUGCCACGGCUGGUCAAGCUCUUUGACUUCCCGGGCCGUGGGGCAGCUCAGAUCUACGCUGGCUACACCUGCUCCUUUGCUGUCAGCGAAACAGGUGGCCUGUUUUUCUGGGGAGCCACAAACACCUCCCGUGAGUCAACCAUGUACCCCAAAGCUGUGCAGGACCUCUGUGGCUGGAAAAUCCGCAGCUUGGCCUGUGGGAAGAGCAGUAUUAUAGUGGCUGCAGAUGAGAGCACAAUCAGCUGGGGCCCAUCUCCGACCUUCGGUGAACUGGGCUAUGGAGACCAUAAACCCAAGUCCUCUACUGCAGCCCAAGAGGUGAAAACCCUAGAUGGAAUUUAUCCAGAGCAGGUGGCGAUGGGCUACGCCCAUUCUUUGGUGAUAGCCAGGGACGAAAGCGAAGUGGAGAAAGAGAAACUAAAGAAGCUGCCUGAAUACAACCCCCGCACCCUCUGAUAAGGCCAGGGCCCCGCGCCCCCUUGCCAUGGCAGCUGUCAUUUCCAAUGUGCACUGGGACCGAAAGAGAUUGCAGACCGGCAUUGAGACUUGACCGAAGCUUUUUGUUAGACUUUCCAAGGUUCAAUUUUAUAAGCGAUUCGCAGUUUUAACUACCUGUUACUGUAUCAUUUCCAAAGUGUUCGGUUCUUUUAAACGUUUGACAUUUGCUCCUGGCUCACGAGUUCCUAUUCCAAUGAAAAUGGCAGGACCUUUUGGCAUAUAAACCCCACGUACUUUGGUGAGCAGUGGAACAGCUGCUGACGCAUAAGAAGGGCCAUGUGGCGCCUGUUGCAUUGAAUUGAGGAGAGUCCCAGUUGCCAUGAAGAGCUUGGGGGAAGAUUUGGAGAGGCACAAAUGGCCAUAAGCACCCAAUUCCCAUUGCCUUUCAAUGGAAGUUAAACCCCUAAUAGCCCUGUGUGCCUUUGAAAAUCUACCCUGAGUGUCUGUGGGGCCAUCUCUGGUGAACCGAGGCAGUCAACUGCUGAGAUCUCUCUACAGAAUCAAAUUUACAUUUUCAUCUCUCUAGUUUUAAUGUGCUGGUCUCUAUUCUGUGUGAGGAGCAUCUGACAUAAGCCCCAAGGAGCGGGUAUCCAGCUGUGUAACCCCUUGGUAGAUUAAGCUGCGGGACUCUGGCUGCCACCUAUUUCAUGGCUGUUUCAUAAGCGUUGACCUUUUUGUGCGAUUUAAAUUGUUUCCAUUCAGAUUAAAAACCUCCAUUGAGACAAAAUCUAGGCCAACUCAUUCAAAUAGCCCCUGGUGCCUUGGUAGAUGGGUACCCCCAAAUCUGACACACCUUGGGGCUCAUUUUUCAGCAGAGCACUCUCAGCUCCAGUUGAAAACAACAUGAUCGGCAGGUGCUCACCCACGCGGAAAAAUGAAGCCCUAGGUAUGUCAAGUCAGGAUUCAAAACUUGUGGUCACUUAUGAAAAGGCUGUCAUGAGUGGUGCUCCUGAGUGUUGAUUGUAAAUGAAGUUGAUUCGAAGUGAGGUUGAUUCCAAGGGUGAUUGUGUUUUGUGUGAGGUUUUCAUAGCAAUUUGCCCAGCUGAUGAUUUCUUUGGGAGUCUGAAGUCUUCAGAAAUGGGGCCUAAAUGAAAACCCAGGAUUCAAACACCGCUGAAUUUGUUUGGGGAUGGAAGGGUUCGAUCAGAACUUUGCAGCUCAGGCCUUUCCCUUUGGUUGGUGAGACAUGAACCUUGAUCAAAUAAGUCUUAUUUGCCUGCUUAAUACAUACUAUACAUAAGGAGCCCACUGCAGUCAGUGGGCUGCUCUGAGCGCAUAGCUGAGCAUGUGUAUAAGUCUUUGGAGGAUCAGGGCCUCCGACAAUAGGGGGGUUAGAAUUAGUCAGAAAACAACACCUCAACGCUGAAAUUUCAAUAAACGUCUUUCCCUAAAAA